AGAGGUACCGGAAAGAAUAGAGUUUUGAAAAAACAAAAACUCUUUGAAUGGGGGGCAUGUUUCUUCCUCCCCCCUCUUGUCUAACAACCCUAGCACAACGCAUAAAAACCAAACAUUCUGGUCCAUCAAUUAGCAGGAGGAGGAAUUGGCAAAUAAGAAGUAUGAGGGCAGUUGUUCAAAGAGUUGCCUCUGCAAGUGUUGAGGUUGAAGGGAAAAUCGUUCAGAGAUAGGACCAGGUUUACUUGUUCUUGUUGGGGUUCAUGAAUCGGAUCUUCAAUCUGAUGCUGAUUACAUGCAACUCUUAACUACUACUUCCUUUUAAAAAAAAAAAAAAAAACUUUUGUUUUGUUUAGUGAUAUUCUUCUGGUUGUAGAUGUAGAAAGGUACUUAACAUGAGAUUAUUCACAAAUGACAAAACUGGAAAAGCUUGGGAUCAGAAUGUUAUGCAAAAAAACUAUGGAGUUUUAUUGGUGAGUCAAUUCACAUUGUAUGGAAUGCUCAAGGGUAACAAACCAGAUUUUCAUGUCACCAUGCCACCUCUUAGUGCAAAACCUUUCUAUGCUUCGCUGGUAGAUAAAUUCCGCAGUUCUUACAACCCAGAUUCAGUUAAAGAUGGUGUUUUUGGGGCUAUGAUGAAGGUCAACUUGGUUAACGAUGGUCCAGUCACAAUGCAGCUUGAUUCUCCACAAACAUCCAAGAGCACAAGUGAGACAACAGAAGGAUAAUCCAUAUAGGUUGAUUCAUUUUUAGAAGCUAAAUGAGACCGCAGAAGAGAACUCACACGUUUUGAUUUAUUUUAGUAGAAUCUGUUUAUUUAUCAUUUAGUAGGAUUAACACUUUGUAGUCUUAUGACUCUUAUCAUAAACUAGAAUUUGUUACGUUUCCAACAGAGAAAAUUGAGUUACGGUAAAAUUGAGUUUAUCUAUUUU